CCCGCGCCUGCGCACUGAGUGCGGCCUGGUCGUCGUCUGCUGCGGCGGUGGAGGAGCCCGGCGGCGGCGCAAGUACCUGGCCCGGCUCGGCCAGCCCUUCGCCUCCGGCUUCGGCUUCCCUGGGCUCGGCGCGCCCCGGCCCCGCCUCAGCCCUCCUGACCCUCGCAGCCCGAUCGUGGCCGCCCGACUCUGCCGCCGCAAUGAUGAUGAUGGCGCUGAGCAAGACCUUCGGGCAGAAGCCUGUCAAGUUCCAGCUGGAAGACGACGGCGAGUUCUACAUGAUCGGCUCUGAGGUGGGAAACUACCUCCGUAUGUUCCGAGGUUCUCUGUACAAGAGAUACCCCUCGCUCUGGAGGCGACUAGCCACUGUGGAAGAGAGGAAGAAAAUAGUUGCAUCGUCACAUGGUAAAAAAACAAAACCUAACACUAAGGAUCAUGGAUACACGACCCUGGCCACCAGCGUAACUCUGUUAAAAGCCUCCGAGGUGGAAGAGAUUCUGGAUGGCAACGAUGAGAAGUACAAGGCCGUAUCCAUCAGCACGGAACCCCCCACCUACCUCAGGGAACAGAAGGCUAAGAGGAACAGCCAGUGGGUGCCCACCCUGCCCAACAGCUCCCACCACCUGGACGCCGUGCCCUGCUCCACCACCAUCAACAGGAACCGCAUGGGCCGGGACAAGAAGAGGACGUUCCCGCUGUGCUUUGACGACCACGACCCAGCUGUGAUCCAUGAGAACGCGUCCCAGCCCGAGGUGCUGGUUCCCAUCCGACUGGACAUGGAGAUAGACGGGCAGAAGCUGCGGGACGCCUUUACCUGGAACAUGAACGAGAAGCUGAUGACCCCUGAGAUGUUUUCAGAAAUUCUCUGUGAUGACCUGGAUUUGAACCCACUGACGUUCGUACCAGCCAUCGCCUCCGCCAUCAGACAGCAGAUCGAGUCCUACCCCACAGACAGCAUCCUGGAGGACCAGUCAGACCAGCGUGUCAUUAUCAAGUUCUUGGGCCUCCCACUAUUGUGGCCUCUCCCGUUGCGGAGCACAGGCUCCAGACGCACAAGCUCAGCGGCCAUGGCUCACGGUCCUAGCCACUCCAUGGCACACGGGAUCCUCCCGGACCAGGGCACAAACCCGUGUCCCCUGCAUCGGCAGGUGGACUCUCAACCACUGCACCACCAGGGAAGCCCUCUAUUGUUGGGAUUUUGAUAAGUAUUACAUUGGAUUUGUAGACUGCUUUGGGCAAUCUUCACAUCUUUAUAAUAUUGUCUCCCAAUCCAUGAACGUGGGAUGUUUUUCCAUUUAUUUAUGUGUUUAAUUUACUUCAGCAUGAUUUUUGUGUUUUUUUUUUUUUUUUUUUUUUUUUGCGGUACGCGGGCCUCUCACCGUUGUGGCCUCUCCCGUUGCGGAGCACAGGCUCCGGACGCGCAGGCUCAGCGGCCAUGGCUCACAGGCCUAGCCUCUCCGUGGCAUGUGGGAUCUUCCUGGACCGGGGCACGAACCCACGUCCCCUGCAUCAGCAGAUGGACUUUCAACCACUGGUUGCCCCAGCAUGUAUUUAAAUUAAUUAAUUAAUUUAAAAUUUAAAUUUAUUUAUUUAUUUAUUUAUUUUUGGCUGCCUUGGGCCUUUGCUGCUGUACACAGGCUUUCUCCAGUUGUGAGAAUGGGGGCUACUCUUCGUUGUGGUGCGCGGGCUUCUCAUUGUGGUGGCUUCUCUUUGUUGUGGAGCACGGGUUGUAGGUGCAUGGGCUUCAGUAGUUGUGUCCCACGGGCUCUAGAGUGCAGGCUCAGUAGUUGUGGCACAUGGGCUUAGUUGCUCCAUGGCAUGUGGGAUCUUCCCAGACCAGGGCUCAGAACCCGUGUCCCCUGCAUUGGCAGGUGGAUUCUUAACCACUACGCCACCAGGGAAGUCCCUUCAGUGUGUUUUAUAGUUUUCAUUGUAGAAGUCUUUCAUCUCCUUAGCUAAGUUAAUUUCUAAAUAUUUUAGUCUUUUUGAUGCUAUUGUAAUUGGAAUUUUUUUCUUAAUUUCAGAUUGUUCAUUGUUAGUGUGUAGAAAUGCAACCGAUUUUUGUGUGUUGACUUUGUAUCCUCCUACUUUGCUGAAUUCAUUUAUUCUAAUAGUGUUUUGGUAGAAUCUUUAAGGUGUUCUACAAAUAAGAUCAUAUCACCUGGGAACAGAGAUAGCUUUACUUCUUCCUUUCCAAAUGGAUACCUUCUAUUUUUUUUUUUGCCUAAUUGCUCUGGCUAGAAAUUCCAAUGCUAUGUUGGAUAAAAGUGGCAAGAGUGGGUAUCCUUGGCUAGUUCCUGAUCUUAGAGGAAAAGUUACCAUUCUUUCACCAUUGAGUGUGAUAUUUACAUUGAUUUUUUUGUGUAUUAAUUUUAUGUUGACAUAGUUUCCACUUAUUCUUAGUUUAUUGAGUGCUUUUACCACGAAAGCGUGUUGAAUUUUGUCAAAUGCUUUUUUCUGCAUCUGUUGACAUGAUAUGGGUUUUUUUGGUUUGUUUGUUUUUUGCGGUACGUGGGCCUCUCACUGUUGUGGCCUCUCCCGUUUCGGAGCACAGGUUCCGGACGCCCAAGCCCAGUGGCCAUGGCUCACGGGCCCAGCUGCUCGGUGGCAUGUGGGAUCUUCCUGGACUGGGGCAUGAACCCAUGUCCCCUGCAUCGGCAGGUGGACUCCCAACCACUGCGCCACCAGGGAAGCCCCGAUCAUAUGGUUUUUGUCCUUCAUUCUGUUCAAGUGGUUUAUUGCAUUGAUCGGUUUUCUUAUUGAGCCAUCCCUGCAUUGCCAUAAUAGAGUCCACUUUUUAUAAUUGAUUUAUGUUGUUGUAUCAUUUAUAAUGAUGUGUAAUUCUUCUAAUGUGCUGUUGAAUUCAGUUUUGCUAGUAUUUUGUUGAAUUUAUUUUUUUAAAUUUAUUUAUGGCUGCAUUGGGUCUUCCUUGCUGCGUGUGGGCUUUCUCUAGUAGCAGCGAGUGGGGGCUACUUUUCAUUGCGGUGUGCGGGCUUCUCAUUGUGGUGGCUUCUCUUUGUUGCAGAGCAUAGGCUCUGGGUUCACGGGCUUCAGUAGUGUGGCUCUUGGGCUCUAGAGCACAGGCUCAGUAGUUGUGGCGCAUGGGCUUAGUUGCUCUGUGGCAUGUGGGAUCUUCCCGGACCUGGGCUCGAACCCAUGUCUCUUGCAUUGGCAGGUGGAUUCUUAACCACUGUGCCACCAGGGAAGUCUGUUGAGGAUUUUCAUAUCAAUGUUCAUAAGAAGUAUUGGUCUAUAGUUUUCCUUUCUUGUAGUAUCUUUGCCUGGCUUUGGUAUCAAGGCAAUGAGUUAUGAAGUGUUCCUUGCUCUUCAGUUUUUUGGCAGGAUUUUUUUUUUUUAA